GGGGCAUUCUGCGUGGUGUUUAACGCAUGAAAUAAACACUUCGGAGCUAUGGAUUUGCUGUCAAUCCUGCAAAGCAAUUUAAGUCCUGCCAAGAAAUUGGAAACUGCCAUCCUACAAAACAAUGUAAACCUGUUAGAGGAAACUUUACAAUCUGGGAUUGAUGUGAAUGGUAGAAUACAAGUACAGGGAGGGAAUACUGCACUCCACUUAGCUUGUCGACAGGGUUUUCUUCGCUGUGUUGCCAAACUUCUUGAAUAUCAUGCUGACCCUGACAGGAACAAUGACUUCAACAAAAACUCAAUAACUGUGGCCUUCCAGCAAAAAAAUUCCCAGUGUCUGUGGUUACUUUUGGAGAAAAGUCGUGGAUGGAUUAAUCUCGAUUCAUUUUGGUUAGAGGAUGGUGUUGCAGGAUUACUGUGGAACACCACACACAACUCCAUUGAUACACUAGUGUCUGUACUCAUAAAAGCCACUGCAGAUUUGUCACAAACUCGCAGCAAUUUAAAGCAAAAUUUAUUCCUCAUGUGUAAAGACACUAACUUGGAAAAAUCUUUGAAAAUUUGGAGAAUGGCAGAAGAUUUGGAUAGUGAAUCAUUUGUUACAAAUCAAAAAUCUCGUUUUAAUGAAAAUGAUGACUGGCAAAAACAUUUUGUUAAAUGGUUGACUGAAUACAACAAAACACCAAAACCAUUAACACAUUACGCAAGGCUGGUGAUUAGGAAAAGUUUUCAUCCAAACUGUAACGUGUGUUAUGGAGCAAGUCAGCUCCCCAUUCCUUUGGCACUGAAACAUGAUGUGAUGAUGACAUAUGAUUAGACAACCCGUCUACAAAGACCAAUUUUACCUGUGAUAACCAUCAGAGGGGGCUUCUACUGUUUUUGUGAAUGACAAAAGGAAAUGGGAAAUUAAUGAUCAGAAACAUUCCAAAAGUCUUAAUCAUGAUACCAUUCCUUGAUCUUGGAUUAAGAAAUCUGUUUGUACAUGAGUGAUGAUUUGUGACUAGACAGGCCUGAAUGUAAUAUAUCCAACCUACGUUUGUAUAUCCUUUUUUCAGCACAUUAUUUUCAGGUUAUUUAUAUUUGGUCACCUGCUGUAUGUAAUUUAUCAGUGUUUGCUAAAUGUCUUACUUUAUCAUUAAUCACCUUUUUUAUAACAAGACAAAAUUUCUGAUUCUACUGAUAUGUCACCUCAAUCAAUUAUUGCCCUUUGUUGAUUUUCACUUAUCAUAUUUCUGUACCUUUGUACAAAGAUAAAGAGUACCAGGGCAAGUUCACAUUUGUGAGAGCAUGUCCCCUAUAUUCAAUGUAAUGGACGUAUCUUAUUCAUUUUAUAUGUUAAAGUGUCUUCGGCAUAUACUUUAUUACUAUUUAAUUUUGAUAAUUUAUGUAUAAGGUAUAGCAGUAAUGUGGCACAUACAUAUAAUAAAAUUAUAUUGGCCCAUGGACCCUGAAUGACUUCUGAAAUCUUUAAACCUUAACACACUAGUAAUCAUGAUAGACAACAACAGUGACCACAACAAGCAAAGCCGCCUUCAGCUGUUCCCCAAACAGUCCGUUACACACACUACAAUUAUGUUGAUGACCAUGUAUAUAACUCCAAAAUAUCAACUACAGAUAUUUAAUAAGUUGGCUAUCUGGUGGGAAAGGUUUCAAGUAGAUUAUUUUCAGAUAUGAAGUAUAUUUAUAUAUACAAAAUGUACAUGUAAACAGGAAAUACCGGUAUCAACAGGACAAAAUACUUGUGUCACUAAUGUUUCCAAGCUAGCUGACUCUCUUCUGGCAAUUGUUUUUGUUACUAAGAGUAAAAAAAAUAUUUUGUCCUGUUAAUAUUUUCUGUUUACAUACACAAUGUUUUCAAGAUGAUGUAUAUAUAUUACUUAUAAGGUAUCUGAACAUCUAUUCAAUUAACUUUAUAUAUAGGUACUCAGUGCUUACUGUAUGUUAAUAUUCUCCUACGAUACUCCUAGGAAUUAUAAAAAGAUGUUCCUAUAUCAUUUAAGGACCACAACAAGCCGUGUCUAUUCUUGUUAGAACACAAAGAAAUAACAUUAUUAUGUUAAUAUGAAUACAUGUACAACCUGAGUAGUAGGGAAACCCUACCACCCUCAACCUUUAAUAUAUCUUUUGUACUUUAGAGAGAUUUACAACAAUGAUAUGUACAAUAGAAAUGUGAAAUUGUUCAAUAUAGUGUUAAAUAAUGUUUUGUGUUAAUGUUUAA